AUGCUUGCACCAGCCUCCGAACACUUUGAAUUUAGAGGACAAAACUUCAAUGAAGGUGCUGGCAAGGUGUUUGAAAUAGGGCAUGUGCUGGAAGGAUGUUUGAAAACAUGGCAGAGAACUUCUCUUCUUCCCGCGUGCAAAAUGAUGACGUGUCAUAAUUGGCCCCAGCGCUCAAAACUGAGUGAGAGAGUAAGAUCAAGUGGAAAACAUCUGCCUCCAGCCGCUGGGAAAAGAGCCCAAGUCGAUUUCAACCCCUUCAGCCCUUCUCCCUUCGAAGAAGCCCUUCUGCCGUUGCUAGAAGGGACCUUUUUGUGCGGGUUUUCCUCUAUGAUUCUCAAUUUCGCUCUCUUCUUGGUAUAUUCAAAGUCACCCGUUGGGAUUUUAGCAAGCAACAUGAGUGCUUACAACGUGGGUGCUGGCGAGGAAGGGCUCGCACUAAUCUUCUGGGAUUCCCUUUUCUUUGGUUUGCUCGAGUUGCUGGAAGGGUGCCAAUUUCCGUGUGAACAAAACUGUUGCAUGUCCUUUCUGUUGGUAUUGAGUGCUGAUCUGAGUAUUGCUAGAGCAUGCUUGAUUGAGAGGUUCCAAAGCAUGAGGAAUGCCAUCUUCUUACUGAUUUGCUGGGAUCUUGAUAGAAUAAAGGACAGGGGCUAA